AUGGAUGAACGACUUGACGAGGAUGCCGUAUUUCUUGCUAACUUCCAUUUGUUUCGAGAAGACGUUGACUCAAAAAUAGAGCAUUUAAUUGAAGGGGACGAAUUCACAGUGGAUACCCGACCCCCAGACUUUCCCCUGAACGAACGGCAUAUUGAUAACCUGAUAGCUCUUCAUCAUGGCCAAGCAACUCGACUAGUGGUUAAUCGAGCCGACGGAGAGAGAAUCUCGGUUAUCGUCCGAAACAAUGGGAAGGUCAACGAUAUAUUUCUAGCUGUAGCAGACUCUAUCAAUGGUAAACACAAGAAACAGCAAAAGGACUAUGAAGCGCUUAUUAGCCGCAUUGAUAAGCACGACAAAGUUGCAAUCUCGAAGGCCUUUUCUCGGGGACCGCCCCCCAAGUUUAUAAACUGGCGGAGGUUCUGGAGAACCCACUGCCUCGCCUCGGAUGAGGUUUUGCUUAAAGAUAGGAAUGUGCGAAUAAAAGACGUGCCUGGACUAACUAAUGGUACCGUGCUUUACUUUGUUCGGCGAAAUAGAAAAAACGAGUGGCUGUACAAGUUUUUUUUUCAUUGUUUUGCCGUGUAUUCUACAUGGGUCGUUUCUGCUUCCAGAAUGCGCGAACAUCGUCGUGGCCAGCUUUGGAGACUACCAUUAGUCGGCGUUCCGGGCACUCCCAUAGCAAAUAUCCAUGACCCUAAACAAACACAGAAGGUAAAAGUGACUUCCGUGUAA